UGGUCGCUAGGCUCGAGCAGCAGCGUCCUGGAACACCGAGGGGACAGGCUUCGUUCCCGCGGCGGGGUCUCUGGGACGCCCAGAGGCCGUCCGAUAUAGAGUCGCUUCUUUGUCCUGUGCCUCUGAGCAUCCUGGCUGGGAGUCCGGCACCUGCUGGCGCAGCAAUGAUCAGGGCAGACGUGGCCAGGUGACACUCCUAUCACUUCCUUCCUCAACUCUGGAAAACAGCUCCUGAGAUCUGAACUAAAGACCAUCAUUUUAAUUGGACCUCCUGCAGCUGGGAUCAUAAUGACUGCUGAAGGCAAGGGAGCUUUAGGCCUCAUCCCCCGGAGUGUUGUGCUCCAGAAGCAGGAGGGUUGCCUGACUGUGAAGCAGGAGUCACAGAGCCAGACCUGGGGACAGGGCUGUAGCCUCCAAAAGAACCACCCUUCUGUCUGUGAAAUCUUCCGGCUGCACUUCAGGCAGUUAUGUUACCAUGAGAUGUCUGGACCUCGGGAGGCACUGAGCCGGCUCCGUGAGCUCUGUCGCUGGUGGCUGAUGCCAGAGGUCCACACCAAGGAGGAGAUCCUGGAACUGCUAGUGCUGGAGCAGUUCCUGAGCAUCCUGCCUGGGGAGCUUCGGACCUGGGUGCAGCUCCAUUGUCCUGAGAGUGGUGAGGAGGCUGUGGCUGUGGUGGAGGUUUUCCAGAGACACCUCAGCGGACCAGGGGAGGUUUCAGCUCCAGUGCAGAAAAAGGAAGUACAUUUGGAGGAGAUGACAGCUCUAGGUGCAACAGAGGAAUCUCCCACCUCACCCCUCAGUGGGGGCUCAGACCCUGGAGCCCUCUUGAAGCCUCCUCAUGAUUCAGGGGGACACCACCUCCCCAGUGGGCACUUCGGUACUCAUCUCCCUAGUUGUCCUGCCCUUCCCCAGGUGGGGAACUCAGGAAACCAAGCAGUGGCCACUGUACUUCGGAUGGUCAGACCCCAGGAGACUGCAGCAUAUGAGGGCACGUCUGUGCACUGUACUCAGAAGCAGUCAAAAGGCCUGGCACUCAGUCAAAGAGCCCUAUACCGGAACAUGAUACCAGAAAAUGAUCACAGCAUGGUCUCAUUGGCAGGAGAGAACAGAAUGGAGAAUUCUGAGUUAACUCCAAAGCAGGACAUUUCCAAAGAAUUGGAGUCAUCUGAUAGAUUAUCAGGGGUCUUCUAUGGAAUGGCCACUAGGGGAACAGAAGCUGAAGAUACCUGUGAAGAUGUUUCAGAGCAGCUGGAAAGGCAGCCCUCCGAUGAAGAAGAAUCUGGACUGGAAAGUGAUUUCUUGGAAAUGACAGAUGAGGAUAAGACAAAUACCACAGAAGACAGAUGUGGGCAAUAUAAGGAAGCAGAGGAGCAUCCAGAUAUGUCCUCCACUCCUACUGAACAUCAAGGAGUUCCAAAGAGACAGAAAUUCUAUCAAUGUGGUGAAUGUGGCAAAGUGUUCAACCGGAGUUCACACCUCAUUGGGCACCAGAGAAUCCACACUGGAGAGAAGCCAUAUGAGUGUAACGAGUGUGGUAAGACCUUCAGGCAGACUUCUCAGCUAAUUGUUCAUCUCAGAACCCACACAGGGGAAAAACCCUAUGAAUGCAAUGAGUGUGGGAAGACCUAUAGGCACAGCUCCCAUCUCAUUCAACACCAGAGACUCCAUAAUGGGGAGAAACCUUAUAAAUGUAAUGAAUGUGGGAAAGCCUUCACUCAGAGUUCCCAACUCAUUGACCACCAGAGAAUUCAUACUGGGGAGAAACCUUAUGAGUGCAAUGAGUGUGGAGAGGCAUUCAAUCGAAGUAAAAGUCUCAUCCGACAUCAGGUCCUUCACACUGGUAAGAAACCUUACAAGUGUAAUGAGUGUGGGAAAGCCUUCUGUUCCAACAGAAAUCUUACUGACCAUCAGAGAAUCCACACUGGGGAGAAGCCUUAUGAAUGUAUGGAGUGUGGCAAGGCCUUCAGUAGGAGUAAAUGUCUUAUUCGACAUCAGAUCCUCCACACUGGGGAAAAGCCAUAUAAAUGUAGCACAUGUGGGAAAGCCUUCAAUCAGAACUCUCAACUUGUUGACCAUGAGCGAAUUCAUACUGGAGAGAAACCUUUUGAAUGUAGUGAGUGUGGUAAGGCAUUCAGUCUGAGUAAAUGCCUUAUUCGGCACCAGAGACUUCACACAGGUGAAAAGCCCUACAAAUGCAAUGAGUGUGGAAAAUCCUUUAAUCAAAACUCUCACCUCAUUAUACACCAGAGAAUUCACACUGGUGAGAAGCCCUAUGAAUGUAAUGAGUGUGGGAAGGUCUUUAGUUAUAGCUCCAGCCUUAUGGUCCAUCAGAGAACCCAUACUGGGGAGAAACCCUAUAAGUGCAAGGAUUGUGGUAAAGCCUUUAGUGACAGCUCACAGCUUAUUGUCCACCAGAGAGUUCACACAGGAGAGAAGCCUUAUGAAUGUAUUGAGUGUGGGAAAGCCUUUAGUCAGCGUUCCACUUUCAAUCAUCACCAGCGAACUCACACUGGAGAGAAACAGUAUGUGUGCACUGAGUGUGGGAAAGCCUUUAGUCAGAGUGCAAACCUCACAGUGCAUGAACGAAUCCACACAGGAGAGAAGCCCUAUAAGUGUAAGGAGUGUGGAAAAGCCUUCAGUCAUAGCUCCAACCUUGUGGUUCAUCAGAGAAUCCACACUGGGCUGAAGCCCUAUACAUGUAGUGAAUGUGGGAAAUCUUUCAGUGGUAAGUCACACCUCAUUCGGCACCAGGGCAUCCACAGUGGAGAGAAAACCUAUGAAUGUAAGGAGUGCGGGAAAGCCUUUAGUAGGAGUUCAGGACUUAUUUCACAUCACAGAGUUCAUACUGGGGAGAAGCCCUACACCUGUAUUGAGUGUGGAAAAGCCUUUAGCCGAAGCUCAAACCUUACUCAACAUCAGAGAAUGCACAAAGGGAAAAAAAUUUACAAAUGUAAGGAGUGUGGGAAGACAUGUGGUUCUAAUACAAAGAUCCUGGACCAUCAGAGAAUUCACACUGGGGAGAAGCCCUAUGAGUGUGAUGAGUGUGGAAAAGCGUUCAUCUUAAGGAAGACGCUUAGUGAACACCAGAGACUUCAUCGUAGAGAGAAACCUUACAAAUGUAAUGAGUGCGGGAAAGCUUUUACUUCUAAUCGAAAUCUUGUUGAUCAUCAGAGAGUUCACACUGGAGAGAAGCCUUACAAAUGUAAUGAAUGUGGGAAAACCUUCCGGCAGACUUCUCAAGUUAUUCUACAUUUGAGAACCCACACUAAGGAGAAACCUUAUAAAUGUAGUGAGUGUGGAAAAGCCUAUCGUUACAGCUCACAGCUUUUUCAACACCAGAGAAACCACACUGGUGAGAAACCUCAUAAGUGUAAGGAGUGUGGAAAAGGCUUUAUUCAGCGCUCAAGCCUUCUCAUGCACCUACGGAACCAUUCCGGGGAGAAACCUUAUAAAUGUAAUGAAUGUGGGAAAGCGUUCUCUCAAAGUGCUUACCUUCUAAACCAUCAGAGGAUCCACACUGGGGAGAAACCUUAUAAAUGUAAGGAGUGUGGAAAGGGCUUCUAUAGGCACUCUGGCCUUAUUAUACAUCUAAGACGCCAUUCAGGGGAGAGACCUUAUAAAUGUAAUGAAUGUGGGAAGGUUUUCUCCCAAAAUGCUUACCUCAUUGACCAUCAGAGGCUCCACAAAGGGGAAGAACCAUAUAAAUGUAACAAGUGCCAGAAAGCUUUCAUUCUAAAGAAAAGCCUCAUUCUGCACCAGAGAAUCCACUCUGGGGAAAAACCCUAUAAAUGUGAUGAAUGUGGAAAAACCUUUGCUCAGACCACCUAUCUUGUGGACCAUCAGCGACUCCACAGUGCAGAGAACCCUUACAAGUGUAAAGAAUGUGGAAAAGUUUUCAUUCGCAGUAAAAGCCUCCUCUUGCACCAACGAGUCCAUACAGAAAAGAAAACCUUUGGUUGUAAAAAGUGUGGGAAGAUUUUUAGCUCUAAGUCAACCCUCAUUGACCACAAGAGGAUGCACAGCAGAGAGAAACCCUACAAGUGCACUGAAUGUGGGAAAGCCUUCACUCAGAGUGCUUACCUUUUUGACCAUCAGAGACUCCACAAUGGAGAGAAGCCCUAUGAGUGUAAUGAGUGUGGAAAGGUUUUUAUUCUGAAGAAGAGCCUCAUUUUACAUCAAAGGUUCCACACUGGAGAGAAUCUCUAUGAGUGUAAAGACUGUGGCAAGGUCUUUGGGUCUAACAGAAAUCUUACUGACCAUGAGAGGCUGCACAAUGGAGAGAAACCAUAUGAAUGUCCAGAGUGUGGGAAAACCUUUAUCAUGAGCAAAAGUUUCAUGGUCCAUCAGAAACUCCACACCCAGGAGAAAGCCUACAAAUGUGAGGAUUGUGGGAAGGCCUUCAGUUACAAUUCAAGCUUGCUUGUACAUCGGAGAAUCCACACUGGAGAAAAGCCCUUUGAAUGUAGUGAGUGUGGGAGAGCUUUUAGUUCCAACAGAAAUCUCAUUGAACAUAAGAGGAUCCACAGUGGUGAAAAACCCUAUGAGUGUAAUGAGUGCGGUAAAUGCUUCAUUCUGAAGAAAAGCCUCAUUGGACAUCAGAGGAUUCACACAAGGGAAAAAUCUUACAAGUGCAAUGACUGUGGGAAAGUCUUCAGUUACCGCUCAAACCUGAUAGCCCACCAGAGAAUCCACACUGGUGAGAAGCCCUAUGCGUGCAGUGAGUGUGGGAAAGGUUUUACCUACAACAGAAACCUUAUUGAACAUCAGCGAAUUCACAGUGGUGAAAAAACCUACGAAUGUCAUAUAUGUCAAAAAGUCCUUACCUCUAGUAGAAAUCUUAUGGUACAUCAAAGAAUCCACACUGGAGAGAAACCUUAUAAAUGUGGUGAGUGUGGAAAAGACUUUAGUCAGAAUAAAAACCUUGUUGUACAUCAGAGAAUGCAUACUGGGGAAAAACCUUAUGAGUGUGAAAAGUGCAGGAAAUCCUUUACUUCUAAGAGGAAUUUAGUUGGCCACCAGAGAAUACACACAGGGGAAAAACCCUAUGGGUGUAAUGAUUGUAGUAAAGUUUUUAGGCAAAGGAAAAACCUUACUGUACAUCAGAAAGUUCAUACAGAAGAAAAACCCUGUGAAUGUGCUGAGUCUCAACAACAGUUUUCUCAGACUCCAAACCUUCAUCUUCAACAAAAAAUCCAUACUGUGGAAGAAUUCUCCUGGCUACAAAAUACCAGUAAGUCCAAGAUAGAGAUUCAGAAAGUCUAGUGCAGGGAUGGGGAUAUGGCUCAGUGAUAGAUCACUUGCCCUGGGUUUGAUCCUCAGCACCACAAAAAGUAAAGAAAAAUCUAGUAUUAUUUAUAAAAUGCAUACAAUUCUACUUAAGUAACAGGGAAAUAAUAUAUGGUUCCUAAAGGAAAAAAAUCAUGAGCAACUCUCUUAUAGAUAAAUGCAAGAAAGUUAUCUAGACUGCCAAGAUAGAAAAAACAGAAUCCAAAUUGUAGUUAAAGUAUAAUCCAUUCCAGACCAUUUAUUAUGACUGUGGAAAGAGGCCUUGGAGCAAUUGAAGACUCCAAAGAAACUGAGUUUAUGUCUUUCCAAAUGUAAAAGUGUAGUUGUAAAUGAUAGGGAAAUAUCUUUGUAUUAAAGAGCAGACAUUGUUUCUGAAAUUAUUUCUAUGUGUUGUACAUUUUGAAGACCGUAUCAGUGCUACAGAAAAUCUGUAGAGAGAUCUGACUUGUGAGGCAUGAGAUUGGGUGGGUAAGAGUCUGCUAUUUGAGAACACCCUAAGAAGAGCACUGGAUUUUGAAUCAGAAGACAUGAGUUCGUUUUUUUACUCUUUCUCUUAUUAUGUGAUGUUAUUAAGGUCACUGUAAGUCUUGGUUUCUCUGUCAGUCAAAUGUUAAUGUAAUGCCUACCUCACAAGGUUGUUGUGAGGA